AUGGCAGAAAAAGCAGUGAAAUAUCUUCUCCAAAAGCUUGUGCCUUUAUUUGAAAGCGAGCUGAAAUUGUUCGGUUGGGUUGGAACAAACGAUGCGGGGCAUCAGAAAGAUAGAUUGGAACUUAUCAGAGCCUUGUUAAAGGAUCCAGAUGAAUUGGAAGACAGUGAUGAGGAACUCAAGAUUUGGGCCAGGCAAGUGAGAGAUGUUGUUCACAAGACUGAAGACCUUUUGGAUGAGUUAGAGCUUCUUCAGAGACAUAACCACUCAGAUGGGUUCUCUGUUUCUCUUAGCAAGAUUUCUUGCUGUAUCAGAAACAUGAAAGCUCGGUAUCGGAUUUCUUCUGAAUUAAAAGACAUGGACUGCCGAAUGAGAAAUAUUCUGUCAGGCCACCAGGGGUUCCUCAGUAGAUAUGAAGCUGCAGCACGUGCUUCAAAUUCUAUUUCUACAGUAAACACAUGGCAUGAUCAACGAGGGGAUGCUCUUCUCCUGGACAGCAACGAUCUAGUGGGCAUAGACAGACAAAAAAAUCAGUUCAUUGAGUGGUUGGUCAGAGGUUGUUCCAGCCGUGAAGUAAUAUCUGUGGCAGGAAUGGGAGGACUGGGGAAGACAACGCUCGUGAAAAAAGUAUAUGAUGAUCCAGAAGUGAAAAUACAUUUCAAAACCUGCGCCUGGGUUACUGUUUCUCACUCUUCUUGUACUGAGGAACUUCUUAAAGACACAGUCAAAAAGCUCUUUCAUGAAAUAAGACGGCCAGUUCCAGAAGGCUUGGAAAGCAUGAAGGGUGAUCAGUUGAAGGUGAUUAUCAAGAAGUUGCUGAAGAGAAGGAGAUACCUUGUGGUGUUUGAUGAUGUGUGGCACAUGUAUGAAUGGGAAGCUGUAAAAUAUGCAUUGCCUAACAACACUUGUGGCAGUAGAGUUAUGAUCACCACAAGAAAAACUGAUUUGGCUUCUAUCUCUAGCAUAGAAUCCAAAGGCAAGGUGUACAGCAUGCAACGCUUAUCAGAAGAUGAAGCUUGGGAUCUAUUUUGCAGGAAAACAUUUCCUGAUCAUUCAUGCCCCUCAUAUUUGGUGUGCAUAUGCAAGAGUAUCUUGAGAAAAUGUGAGGGUCUUCCCCUUGCAAUUGUGGCAGUCAGUGGCAUUUUGGCUACAAAAGACAGGCGAGCUAUAGAUGAGUGGGACAUGCUAUGCCGUUGCCUUGGAGCUGAAAUUCAAGGCAAUGACAAGCUUGAUAAUUUGAAGAAAGUACUCGGCCUCAGUUUCAGUGAUUUGCCUCACCAGUUGAAGCACUGUAUCUUGUACUUGAGCAUCUUUCCUGAGGCCUAUCUGAUUAAGCGGAUGAGAUUGAUUCGGUUAUGGAUGGCAGAAGGAUUCAUUGAAGCCAAAGAAGGAAGAACACUUGAAGAAGUUGCAGAGGAUUAUCUCAAGGAGCUGUUGAACAGAAACUUGAUACAAGUUGCAAAGACAACGUCAGGUGGAAGGGUAAAAACUCUCCGCAUCCAUGCCCUUCUGAGAGAAAUUCUCAUUUUGAAAUCAAAAGAUCAAAACUUUGCAGCCAUUAUCAAUGAGAAAAGUGCAGCAUGGCCCGAAAGGACUCGACGCCUUUCAGUGCAUAGUACAUUUCCAAAAGGGCAAAAUCAAAGGUCUGUGUCUCAACUUCGUUCCCUUUUCAUGUUUAGGGUUGCAGAGAAAUUCUCCCUACAUAAAUUGUUUCCUGGUGGUUUCAGACUGCUUAAUGUUCUAGAUUUUGAAAAAGCACCUUUGAAGAAGUUUCCGGUACAAAUUACUGAUCUGUAUCAUUUGAAAUAUCUAAGUUUAAGGAAAACAAAGGUAAAAACUAUUCCAAGCUCUAUAGGGAAGUUGCAGAACCUAGAAACAUUAGAUGUCAAAUACAAUUCUGUCACAGAAUUGCCGGCUGAUAUAACAAAGCUUCACAAACUUCGCCAUCUCCUGGUGUAUCAUUAUCAUACCAAAGUCAGAAGUUAUGCCCAUGCCAAAUGCGGUUUCAAAGCCCUCCAUGGAAUAGGAAAUCUCCAGUCACUACAAAAGCUUUGUUUCAUGGAGGUAGAUCAAUGCUGCAUCCCCCUAAUAAAGCAGCUGGAAGGACUAACUCAACUAAGGAGGCUAGGCAUCAUGAAGCUAAGAGAGGAAGACAGUAGGGCUUUUUGUUCAUCCAUUGAGAGGUUAACAAAUCUACGCGCACUCUCAGUAACUUCGGAGGGUGAGAAUAAGGCCAUUGAUCUCAGGUUCCUAUGCUCACCUCAUCCAUUUCUUCAACGAUUGUAUCUGUCAGGACACUUACAUGAGCUCCCAAUGUGGAUACCUUCACUUCACAGCCUGGUCAAGUUAAUUCUCAAAUGGAGCAAUUUAAAACAUGAUCCACUGGUGUAUCUACAGGAUUUGCCCAAUCUUGCACAUCUCGAACUACUUCAGGUUUAUGAUGGUGACACACUAUGUUUUGAGUCUGGAAAAUUCAAGAAGCUUAAGGUUUUAGGUCUUGACAAGUUUGAUGGACUAAGACAGGUGAAUGUGGAGAAAGAUGCAAUGCCUUGCCUGGAAAAGCUUAUAAUCCAGCGUUGUGAGCUGCUAAAGAAUGUGCCAUCGGGCAUACAACACUUGACUAAGCUGAAAACCCUUGAGUUUUUCGAUAUGCCUGAUGAACUGAUCAUGACAUUAUAUCCAGAUGAUAGGGGAGAAGAUUACUGGAAAGUUGCACACAUACCAGAAGUCUAUUUUACCUACUGGAGGGAUGGUGGUUGGGAUGUUUAUGCACUAGAGAGCUUCAAAGAGAGUUCCCCUCGUUCUGGUAUUGUAAUGAGAAGUCAUGAACAUCGCAAUCUAUGGAAAGUAUAAUUUCAGGUUGUGUCAUGUAAUAUUGUUAAGUCUCAUCAAACAAAGAUGUAUCUUUUAGUCCGCCUUCAUCUAAGAUUUAGGAAAAGACUUAUGGUAAAUAGUGUGAAGAAAAGUUACAGUCUAAUCAUAAUUCUGUGUGGAGUGUAAACGACUUGUAAUUUAAUCUUUGAAUAAAUCCCAUACUUUUUAUUAUUCUGAUUCU